AAUGCCUUCAUUUCCAACCUCUUUUCUAGACGGGAAGUGAAAGUUUUAAAUCUAGUACACCGUCACCAUGCGUCGCCUCCGUACGCGAGGCUGUGCGUUGCGCACAACCGGCGCGUUUGCCUUAGCCACAACCGCCCAGUCUUCCCAAGUUUCCCCCGUCGAGAAGGUGAUUGAACUUCUUUCCAAGAUGAAGGCCACCGGGAUAAAGGAGAAAAACGCGGAACAAAUCGAAGCUUCCACCUUCGCGCAGCACUGCACAGACAGCAUUGAAAACUUAACCGAGGAAGUCGCUGAAACGAAGGAGAAGAUCGAGGAACAGGAAGCGAUUAUCGCGAAGUCGCAGGCGACGAUGGACGAGCUGUCCGAUGACAUCGCUACAUUAGAAGAAGAAAUCGCGAACGACAAAGCGGACGCCAGUGCCGCAAGGGAAAUCCGGGAAUUGGAAAAAGCGGACUUCCAAAAAGCGAAUUUAGACUACUCCGAGUCUUUAGACGCUUUGUCCCGGGCGAUCGAACUGUUGAAGUCGAAAUCAGUGACCAAAGCCGCCGCAGAAACGUUUUUUGUGCAACUGAAGAAAGCGGAUAGUAGUUCCUCCAGAUCGUUACUCGCGGUGACAGAACAAGUUACUAGCUUCUUGCAGCAACAAUCUAAAGCAGUCGCUCCGCCACAGGGGAAGGAUUACGGUUACCAGUCGGCCAUGGGCGGUGUGAUCGAUAUGUUGGUGGAGUUGCAAGAGAAGUUCGACAAGGAGAGACAGGAGUUGGUCAAAGAGGAGACGGAAGCGGCACACGCGUACGAAAUUCUAGCGGAAGAGAAAGCAACGUCAAAUAAGAACGACAAGGCCACGAUUGACAGGAAGGCGGCGGCGAAGGGUACAGAAGUAGAGACGUUUUCGAUUUUUGUCCGACAGUCAAAUUUAGAUUUGGAAGCAGUGUCAGAUUCAAUCUUGGAAGAUGCUAUGGUCCUAUGUAUCAUGCACACUGACAUCUAGCCGCAUGCUUGUCCGGAAAUCUAAAUCCUAAAACUGAAACUGAUCCCAGGCAAGGCCGGCGCGAAGAAGGGUGAGGCUGAGGGAGCAAAGGGUGAAUUAGUCAACGAUCUCGAGGACACUAAGACCACGCUCAAAGACACGAAGGCCGACUGCAAGCUCAACAACGCUCUGUACGCCAAGCAGGACGCGCUCCGCGCCGACGAGAUCGACGCUUUAAGUCAGGCGAUUGACAUCAUGGCCUCUGCCACGGUCUCUGACGCCGAGAAGAAGCACGUUGGGCUGAACCAAGUUGCUACCAGCUUCUUGCAGUUCAAUGGAGGUAAAAAUCUGAUAUAUAACCUUAACAUUUUCCUGGUCGUAUGAGUCAGUGUGAGCAUGCAUUUAGAUUCAGAUUCAGUUGUUCCGAGGUAGAUUAGUCCACUCCGCCAUCAAUUUUCCAAAGAAGCGGUGUUUGCAUGAACGUCAAAAGCAAAUUUAAAUCAAAAUCCCCUUCCAGCCAACGACUCGACGCAGCAACAGCUCCGUGACCAACUCGUCCAGAUCUUGUCCAAGACCACCAACAACCACAAGUUGUCCCAGACGCUGAAGCUCCUCACCGUGAAAAUUGAGGCGGGAUCUCCGUUCAAAAAGGUGUUGAAGAUGAUUUUCGACAUGAUCAGCAAGCUGCAGAAGCAGGCGACGGAAGAGGCAGAGGCGCACGGCUGGUGCCAGGGGAAACUAUCCUCCUCGAAGUUAGAAGUGGAAGAUAAGACCGACCAGGUUGCGGAUUUGACGAAUCAGAAGGAGGCUUUGGACGCAAAAGUCGGGAAACUGACGGAAGAAAUCGCGAAAUUGACCGAGGAGAUCAAGUUCUUAACCCAGGACCGCGCGACUGCCACUUCCACUCGUGCGAAGCAGAAAGAGGAAAACGAGUUGAAGAUCAAGGAGUCUAGCGAGGGUGAGGCGGCCGUUGCGAACGCGAUUUCGAUUUUGAAGGAGUUCUACGAGGGCGGAGCGACGUCCGCGGCGGAAGAUGAAGGGAAGGAGACUGCCACGGAGGUUUACGGGGGACAGCAAGGUAUAGUGUUGUACUUGUAAUGGGUUUUUCUUUUUUCAGUAUGAAAAAAUGAGAAUGACACGAUUUAGGUUUGCAGUUGUUGAGUUUGUCAUGCCGGUUUCCGUACUUACGCAAAGAUUUGUGUUUCGGAUCUCCAUGGGCAAAAUCGAAAAACUCUAAAUACGACUACAGCCGAAGCCGGCGGUGUGAUGGACAUCAUGUCUGUGAUCGAGCAGGACUUUAUCCCACGAAAAAGACCUCUCCCCAUCUACUUUUUCAUGCAGAACAAGGAGCGUACGCGUAGAAAUAGGGAUAGCUGCUGGUGUAGUUUGUCAUGCAAAACAUGGAUGAGGAGGUGUUGCUUUUUUUCUGUGGAUUCAUUUCGCCCGCGUCGUCGCGGAGACCACUGAAGCCGAGUCGCAGCAGGCUGCGGAUUACAAAAAGCUCAUGAACAGCUCCGAGGUUACGGUCGAGGUGAAAAAAACCGAAAAAGCGCACAACAGCAAACUCCUCGGGCAGGCCAAGAAGGACAACGAGGCCGUCUCCGGUAUCCUGAGCAAGAACGUCCCCACCACAUAGUCAUCAAGUUGGUAAAUCUACAACACAAGUCUCCGAGUUUUGAGAAUUAUGCAUGACAAGUGUCCAUCUGUAAGAGGGUAGCGCUGCUUAGGAAGGACAGCAGCAUCACAAAGACGCCUGCUUAUCCUGUUUACAGCAUUACAAAUCCCAGAACACGACUUCAAAUUCUUCUCUUGCGGAUGGGUAUUACAGAUUUUUCUGCAGAUGCAAAUGUGCAUGACAACUAUGGCGGGGGCGUUUUUAAAUAGGAUAUCCGGCCAGUUGGGCGAGAUGAAGGAGAUUCUGACAGCCGCACAGGAACAGUACGACGGGUUCGUGAAGCAGUGCGACACAGGGUUGACGUUUGAAGAGCGGAUGGAAGCGCGGAAGGCGGAGAUUCAAAGUUUGAAGGAGGCGUUGACGGUGUUGGAGAACUCCGGGGUGUAGGGGAUAUAAUGAUUGGAAAAUAAUUAAAAAUUGAAGAUCAGUUAUUUCUGUUUCACUAGCGGACCACAUUUGUACUUUAUCAGCUGGACGAAAGCACGAUCUUCUUCUUUCGAAGUCACCAACAACAUUGCACCAGAAGUGCACACAACUUGUUUCCUUUUGAGUUUCAAUUUUGCGCAGCACACAGUUCGAUAGACCAUUCCACAACCUUGCUGCAGCGCUUUUUUUUUGAUGUUUUUUCAAUGACUUUAUAGCAAUGACUUUACUAAACUUUUGAUGUUUUUUCAAUGACUUUAUAGCAAAUACACUCAAAUACACAAGAAAACGGAACGCGUAAAAAUCCUCGUUCUGUUCUUUUUGAUGUUUUUUCAAUGACUUUAUAGCUUAAUUUUCCGUAUGUUUCUGUUUCAACUGUAUGAGGUGUCUGUAGAUGGGUCUUCAGUGGUGACGUUGGCUGUUGUUUGCUGCGAAAUAUUUUUGCGGAGUUGGUGCUUUCCCUUUCUGCAUCUGCUCUACGGAUGCAAGAUUUAGGGUUUAGGGUGGAGGAGACGAGUUGGUCCAGAGUCCAAACCUGCUGAUAUUGUACAGUGCAUGAACAAGAAAGACAAACAGAGGAACAUAUCUGAUCUACAUAGGAACAAGCUGGGAAGAGAGUAGAGUAGUGACUCUUGACUCUAGCACUCAGUUCCGCGAUUUUGUAGACCUCCGCCCGCCUAGCACUCAGUCUUGCCUGUAUUAUCGG